AAUUUGAGAAUUCAUAAAUAAUUUUUUAUCUCGCAGUGUACUAAAUCGUCUUGCGCAAAUGAAUGUAAACAUCUUACACCCGAUCGGCGGUGUCUGCGUCUGCGAGGUCUGCGACGGUCGUGUGUAGGAAUAUCGCUGAAAGUUGGAACAAAUUCAGCGCGUUGGUUUGAAAAUUAGAAUGGAAUGAUGUGGGUUGGUGCUGCGUUAGUUGUGCUCAUUGCUCACUGCAUGUGGUAGUGCAUUGUGCAAUGUGUUAAUCCAUUUCGGUUUCACACAGCAGUGAAAUCUUUUUGCGAAUUUCGAUGACUUGACGAAUCGAACGAAAACGACAUACGACUUCGUGCGGUGUUUUCCGGUGGACUAUUUUUAAAGAGCUAACCGUAAUGUCUGUCAGAAACAAUAACACCAUUACCCCCUACACUUCCUAUUCCGCCGACAUCCAUAGGGUGCAGUAUGUUUUGAGUAGAAGAUAUACAAGUAGUUUACCUGCUUCUCAAGUUGAUCAGCGUCACCGUAGGCCUGCAUUGUUUCCAGCUUUUCCACGAAUAAGACUCGGGGGUUACUUGGUUUUACCAACUCCUGUAUUCUAUCCUGUAAUCGGACUGAACUGGGGUGGCUCGCGUUUCGAUUCAGAACCUUGGCUGGGCGAUAGUUUGGUUAUGGCGAAUAGAGGUAAACACGCACCGAUGGAGAUUUAUCGGCCACCGAAUAUCCGGACGGAAACACCUACAUCGUCUAGUACAACGUUGAACGUGCAUGCGAAGGAGUUCGUCAUGAGUUCAAAGAAAAACGAUACUCCUCAAACGCCUCCCAAUUUCCUGUUGAGAGAUACUAACGAAGAAAAGGAGAAAAAACAGACUUCCGGUACUUCCAAAACUAACCAUAUUACGUUUAAGCAACCACCCUCUAGUCAGAACUCGACCAAACCGAGUAGCGUUAAGCAGAAUGGUCACAGCUCUAGCAAUUUCAAUCUUCAAAGAGCCAAAUCUAGUAGUAGUAUGGAUUACGCAACCGCACCUAAUACUCAACGAGUUCAAUUCAAGACCCCGCCUUCCGUUGAUAAAAGUGAUCACGAUGGUAAAAAACUUGGCGCCAAGGAUCGAAGGUCGAUUCCCAACUUCGACCAAAAUCUCGUAUCUGGUUUAAAACGUUCUAAAAGUUUAACAGCCGCAGAUGCGUUGAAAUUUUUGGAAAUGGAGGCAGCUUUUUCGAAAUGUUCGGUUUCAUUCUCGGAAUAUCAUCUUUUUCCGAAAGAAUCUCACGCUGUUAUGAAACAGGCGGUUGAAGAUGUAAAUGUGAUAACCGAUAAACAGAAAAUGACUUUGGCGCGAUACGUAAUCGAACACGUUUUGAGAGAUAAAAAAUACUGCCAUCCGGUCGCCAAACUUUCAAUUAUCAUUAUGGAAAGAGAUAAUAACGGCACGUAUUUGGAUUCUUUGCUCAAUACUUGUCAAAUGUUGUAUCAAACGAAGCAAACUCGAUUGCUGAUACAUCCUAGCCAGUUUAUUUUGUUCGUCGCAUUUCUUACCGAAAUGUAUACCGAGAUGAAACAGAGCAAAUUACAGCUGAAAUUUCAAUCCGAUCCUGUCACACCGCCGAAACAAGUUCUACUGAUGUUGGUUUCGCGAUGUUGCGAAGAUAUGUUGACUAUUCACGACAUGCAUUCGUUAUCCGAAAUCGAAUGUUUAUUCCGGGCAUUAACCUCGGUUGGUCGCGAUCUAGAGUUGGAAUUACCAGCAAGACUGAACCAACUGUAUGAUAAAAUCAAAGAAGUGUUUCUGAAAAGUAAUCUGGGACCAGAAAUCAAAAAAGUAAUGUUACAGCUGAUUGAACUUAGAGCUACCGGUUGGCAAUUGCCACUUUCUGCUCUAAACUUCUAUUAUCCGCAAUCUUCAAAUUGAAACUGAAGGACUGAUUAAGUUAGAGUUUAAGAUUUUUUUUUUUUUAAGCUACGAGCAUUCGUUCGUAGAGUAUGUGGUUUUGUGAUAUAUAAGAAUUUUUUGGGAUUACCUUUCUUUACUAUAGAGUUGAUAGAUUAUACGUAAGUUGCACUGAUAACCUUUUUAAAUUUUCAAGUCGAUAGAGACUACCUAGCAUUUAAUAAUUCUUUGUUUUAAAAUGCGUUCCUGUGUGCCAUGGUUUUUUUUUAUUACCUAUAGUUGUACGUUACCGGUACGCUUAACCAUUCCAAAGAAUUGUGGAAUUGAUUCUGAAAAUGGUGAUACGUUUUAUUAUAGUUUUAAGCAUGCGUGAUUGUUUUAUCGUUAGAAAUUUUUUUAGUCGUUUUAUAAUUAUUAUCUAGUAUUGAACUAAGAAUACAGGAAAGAUAAAGAAGUCCAAGCAAUUUGUUUGAUCAAGGUGCUUGAAUGGCAGUUGAAAUGUUUUAAUUGUGAUUUAAUUUUGCGAGUACUGUUACGGAAUGAUCCGUAGUACAUUUAUUUUUGACGCCAAUUAGAACUUAACCGAGUGAAUUAUUCGGAUAAUUGAUGGAAAAUUCGUUCACUAUUAAUCGUUAAUUGUUGUAUAACUUUCUUUUUGAAAUUCAAUACUAUUUUUACUAAAGAAUUUUAAAGGUUUUUUUUUAUUUGUUACUAACUAACGAAGUCAAUUUGUCCUUUUUUUUUUUUUACCAAACAUGUUACUUAUUUUUUCACGAUAUGUAAAGGUGUUUUGUUUUUCAUUUUAAAUUCUUCGUUUUGAUGGCGUAGCUUUAACGAAGUACGGUUUUAUCUUUGGUUUCUCUGUUAAAUAUACGUUUUAAUUGAA